AUGAAGUACCAAUUGGCAAACUACUCCUCCGGUAGUUUUACAUGGAGUAGUAAAUCGAUACAGCUGAAUUUCGUGGGAAUUUUGAAAAGAUGUGAAAAGAAAAACGGCGCAGCGGAGAGAUUCACAGCGGAACAAGUCGCUCCCAGCGAUUUUGAUGAAAACGAAUAUGAAACGCCCAGCGAUUUUGAUGAAAACGAUUAUGAAACGAAAGUGAAAGCAGCGAAGAAGAGUUUGUUGGAGACCUUCAAGGGUCUUCAAGAUGUGCUGAAUGUAGAUGGCCACACGUGGUACAGCUGUCGCUACCACUGCAAGCUUCAUGCCCUCUUCAUGAACCAUGUUGAGGUGAAAUCCGGACGUUUUCUACGGCUGAAGCCCUGGAAGGGUUUAAUUGCAGGUCUACUGCUGCAGGUGCAGAUAUGUACAGACCUCACACAAAUUGAAAAAUUAAUGACAAAAAUGAAUGAUGCCAAAAUUUAUCAGUUAUCGCAAGCAUAUAAUCAGCAUAGUUUAUGAAGGUUUUUGAAGGGAACAUCACCAGAUUUAUGACUAACUUUUUGGUCUCAAAGAAUCAUUCUUUUCAAGUUGUGUCCAUGGUUCAGUCUAUUUCUUUCCUCUCCUGGAAGGUGCAGAUGUUUCUGCAAUGAUUAAUUAAUUAAUUAAUUUUUGGCAUUUAAUACCCUCACCCCUUCCCCCAUUCCCCCUCCCCACCCCCUCAAAGGACCAAUGAAAUGUUAAAGGACCAAUGGAAUCUUAAGGGGUAAGUUAUGAAAAUGGAGGAUUUCUUUAGGGGCUUGAAGCAAAAAAAUGGACUUCUUUGGGGCUGAAGCUUUAAUUUCCAACAGGGAAAAAUCACCCUUUCACGAAAUUCUUCAGGGGUAAACCCAUAUUCUUUGGGAGUAGACCCAUAGUUUUAAUUCUUCAGAGAAUGCAAUUUUAUGGAAUUCUUCAAGGGUAACUAAUAAGAAAGGGAAGUCGUCAACUGAUGGGCUACGGAUAUUAAAUGCAGUAGCUCAAUGCUGCAUUGUUCCUUCAGGUUGCAGUGCAUAAAAAACGGAGGUACUGCCGAUGCUCAAACUGUGACCAUGUUCCAAAAAGGGCUAAAUUAGACAGAAGAUAG